UUGAUUCCAAAAUGAUAGUAAAAGGUACAGGGUCUUAUCUCUAAUUUACUAAAUGCUUUACAAAUGCAGCAUUUCUUUUAUUUGUCUUAAGAAGUUUCUGUUAUAAAUGUUUAUAAUCAGGUAAAGAGUUUAAGAGUUGGAUUUAUAAACGCCUGCUGUCAUGAGUUUGAUAGCUCUGGUUCACUGUAGAAGUGCAGCAUUAAGGUGUUUUUGUAGCAAGGCUGCUGUUCUUCAUUGCAGAAAACUCAGUGAUCAUGUUCAGAAACUGGAGCAAACUCAGCCAGAAGAGAAGAAGCCGGUGGAGGAGAAACAGAGGGUAAGGAAACCCCCAGGGAAAGUGUCUGUGCUGCUGUUCCCUGGGCAGGGCAGUCAGUUUGUGGGCAUGGGCAGAGGACUGCUCAAGUACAGCAACGUUAAGGACAUGUUCACUGUGGCUGAGAAAGUGCUGGGGUAUGACCUUCUCUCACUGUGCAUGAAUGGACCCGAGGAGGAUCUGAUGAAGACAGUACAUUGCCAACCAGCUGUAUUCAUCACAUCUUUAGCUGCUGUGGAAAGACUGAAUCACGAAAACCCUGCUGCAAUAGAGAACUGUGUUGCUGCUGCUGGUUUCAGUGUUGGGGAGUUUGCUGCUUUGGUAUUCUCUGGUGCUAUGGACUUUGCUGAAGCCCUUUUUGCAGUGAAAGUGAGGGCAGAAGCCAUGCAGAAAGCCUCAGAUUUGACCCCAAGUGGAAUGUUAUCUGUAAUUGGUAGACCUCAAGCCAAUUACAAAUAUGCCUGCCUUCAAGCUAGAGAGCACUGUCGUUCUCUGGGUAUACAGAAUCCUGUUUGCUCCAUUGCAAAUUACUUGUUUCCAGAUGGGAGGGUCAUUGCUGGACAUCUUGAGGCCUUGGAUUUCCUCCAGAAAACCUCGAAGCAGCUGCAUUUUGUUCGGACGAAGCUGCUGCCAGUAAGCGGGGCUUUCCACACAGAGCUGAUGGAGCCAGCUGUGCAGCCUCUGAGCGAGGUGCUGCGCCAGAUACAGGUGCGCCGGCCUGAGAUUGCAGUCCACUCGAACGUCGAUGGAAAGCGUUACAUGCAAGAAAAACAUGUGCAGCAGCAGCUGGUCAAGCAGCUGGUGUCACCGGUGAAGUGGGAGCAGGUGAUGCAUGAGAUUUAUGAGCGGACACGUGGACAGGAGUUUCCUAACACAUACGAAGUGGGACCUGGGAGACAACUGGGGGCUACACUGCAGAAGUGCAACAUGAAGGCAUUUAAGAACUACACACACGUUGAUGUGGCACUUCCACAAGACGAUUGAGAGACAUUUAGGUAAAUUUUCGAUUUACCAACUCUUAAUGGGUUUGGAUAUUCAAGAUCAUUCUGUUAUUUUUUCAGAAUUCAAUGAAAUUGUCUGUUGGCUUGUUUCACUUCUUUUAGUCUUAUCAGUUUACAUUAUAACAUAUUAACUUUAGUGGUGCUGCAUUUGUGGAAAAAUGGUGUGAAAUAUUUAACUUGAAGAAAGACAAAAAUAAACGUCAAGACAUUGUUUUUUCAUCCUGUUUUCCAAACUCCGGAAGAAAAAACACAACUGUAGAUUCCAUCCAACAACUUUAUUAUUAUUUGCAUUACAGUAAAAACAUCAGAUUGAAAGUCCAGCUUCCUAUAAUAGUAUAGCAGUUCUUUUAGAAGAAGAGGUGAGAGCAUGAACGGCCCAAUUAACCAGCAACAGACCCUACAGUAAACCAACAACGGCAUCAAACAACUUACAAAAAUCGUGUGAACCAGCACUCAGGUAGAAAACAAUCAUAUAUAAAAUUAUAUAAAAAAUGAACACAUAUAAUUUUCCUUCUUGACCCAUUCGAAGACCCGCCAAAGACCCGCUCUUGGCCUUUUUCUGGAUGGUGCCUUAAAUCUUGGUUGCAUUAAAGACAGUUGCAGCUAAUAGCAGUGCAGCAGAAGCUAGGAAACAUUUUGUCUUGCAGGACCAACCAGGAAAGUGUGGCUUUACCUGCGUGAAGAGAAAAUAGAAUGUCAGUAUUCAAUAAACAGCUGCAAUCAGAAUGGAGUAUUACACUCAUUUCUAGGUAUCUUUGGUCUAGAUGGAAACUUUUCCUAAGCGGUUAUAUUUCCUAUUUGUGUACAGUACCUUGGCUUUAUACUACACAUUCUACCAUAUCCUAUUAUUAUAUUUUAAAUAAUUCGCUCUUACCCAGUUGAUCCACUUCAUAGUUCCCUGGCAGGCUUGUAUGUGCAGCUCUGGAACCAGCCUGGAUGCUCUUAUCAUCGGCAUGAUCUUAGACCACUGAAGGCUGCCAAUGAUCCUCCUGUAUUACACAUUUAACACUUUGUUUCUUGCUUUUAUCCUCAAUAAAUAAAACAGAUUGCUUUGUGCUUCUCGUUCCUAGGUAAUGUAUGCCUAAAAGUGGUCAUUUACCUGUUGAAGGCUCUCCAGAUCAAUAUGUUCGGACGAAACUGCCAGUCUAGGUGUCGUUGCUGAGGGAGUUUCUCCCUCCACGUGCUGUUCAGUUCAUCUCCGAUCUGAGCCAGCUGACGACCAAUUUGCUGAGUAGCUCUCCUAGAACAAACAAUUUGUAUCAUCGUAAGAGUUUAAUUUGAAUGAUGUCAUUCUACACAGUAAUCUGCUCCAUAACAUGAGCCAUCUGUAACAAUAAAAAAAGCACAAUGCCUACA